AUGACAAGGGUAAGGAGCGACAAGAGUAGCAAUGGAUUCGUCCCGGACGCCGAGCUCAGGCUGGCUCCGGCGCUGGUAACCACUGUUGACGAGCUUGAAGCUGCCGAGGCCGUGCUCGCGAGUACUGGGCGCGGGCAACUGGACUCACUGGACGUGGCGACAUUCCCGCCUGUCUGCAAAAGGGUUGUUGCAACCGCGGAGCUUUCUGACGUGGCGCCGGUAGCGCUGACCGUUCCAUUGCUGGGAAUAACAGAACUGGCACUAGAAACGACGCUGGCAACGGCGGCUGCGCUGCUGGAAACGGCGGCUGAGCUGCUGGAUGCACUUGUCGUGCUGCUGGGAGACAGGACCAAAGAGGUUGAGGUCGGGUCAGCUGAAGUGGUUGCUGCAUCCGAUGUUGCGCCGGCGCCGGCCAGAGUGGACGUGGUCGUGUAA